AUGGAGAAGCAAGAUUUUAAGCUGUUCCCUGACUCUUGGGCCCUACGAGGCCAACAUGGGGACGGGCCGUUUUCAUUUCUAAAAUCCAAACUUACUAAUGACGACUUGCGAAGACUUCGCGGGAUCUCCCCCUGUAAGUCUCAUUACCCUGAGAUUUCAGAAGAAUGUGAAGAAGACAAAGAAUUGGCUCCAUUAAGAUGGAAGAAAAGUUCUACCAGGUACUAUUAUCAGGGAGUGGAGAGAGGUAAGGAGCCAGGCGAGAAGUAUGGAGAUUAUGCCAAGGAAUGGAGAGAGAGAAUGCGCAGGAAAUACGAGGAAAGCCAGCCGAUCUGUACCACCGGGAUCUACCGUCGAGCUAUGAGUGCCACCCUGGGCGUCACCAAAUUUAACACAGAGAAGCAAAAGCAAUUCAUCCAGGGGGGUGACCUGGAACACACCCAUUUGGGGAAAGGGAAGGAUGUUGCUUUGCUUCAAAGAAUUCGAUCGGAAACCGCUAACAAAGAGAAAGAAAGGAGGCUGAUGGAAAAGGCUCAGAGUACAUCUGAUAACAACGAAGAGCCUGAAUUGCAAACACCCUUGGGUCGUACUAUCUACCAAGCACUAUUCCAGAAGAACAAGCCUGAUGCCGAGCCGAAUAAAUUGUUCCUUCCAGGCCGCAUGGCCUACCUGGUAAACCUGAAUGAUGAUGCUGAAUCAGAUAUCCCUCUCACCGUGAUCCGAGACAAGGCCGAUUGUCCCAGCGUGGAGCCUCAAACUUUUGUGAACACAAGUGACACCAUCAUCAGCAAGCUCACCCAGGUGUUUUCACACUUCGGGCAGGAUACCUACAGUAAGAAAUACAGGAAGAAGGAUCAAGGCGAGAAGAGACCUUUUGAAGCCAGCAGCACUUUUUACAAUAUUGAGGACCCUAUGACUCCUAUUCCCAAGACAUCAUGGGACAAGAUGAUGGCGAGAUCCAGGGAACACCUUGCAGAGAGAAACAAGGAACUGAACCGAGAGUGGCUUCGAGAUCAAGCCUUCAAGACAGCGAAGAGAAGAAGGUUUCGGUCCCUUGAGAAAUCCAGAAUAGCUCUCCAAAAAGAACUGGAGUCGACCACAAAACUGAUGAAGUCCAUGAAUAUCCAGUCCUCUCUGGAAGGCACUGAAUCCCUAAAGAAGCUUGACCUCAAGAAACACCUGGGAGACCAUUAUACUACAGCCAACUCAUAUAUGGAAUGCUACCCUACCACAGGAAGUGACACCCUGGAGAAUAGCUACAAGGAAAAGAUGGAGUUUCUGGAGAAUAAGAGGAGUUACAGCAAAGAUCUCUUACAUCGCAGGGAUUUUGAAACUCAAGCUGAAUACAAGGAGUAUCUGAGAAACAAAAUUUGCUCCCGGAAUGUUAUUGCAAUGCUUGAAGGGUGGAAAACCUGGCGGUUCAGGGAGGAUUAUGACAAAGCUAAGCGUCAUCGCCAGCGAAAGAAGAAAGAAGGUAGUAAGCCUGAAGUCAAAAGACUAAAAUACCCAUCACCAGUUGCAGCUGAUGACUAUUCCCAUGGCUUGCUUUCUGAAAUUCCCAACAAAGAUACAAAAUACCCUAUGUGA